GGGCAACAUCCCAGUCUCAGAUAAAACCACGUCUGAGUUCCCAGUACUCACAUAUCGACUCUAACGUUGAGCUUGCAAAGACGAGAUUUCCUUCCACUUCUCAUCAAGUUCUCUCGUACACAGCACCCAAAUCAUGCGAACUCCUAUCGCCCGUUGGACCCUUCUCUCCAGAGCGUCCACAUCCCCACGUUCAUCCCACUGUCUCUCUAUCUCCAAGGAUGGCAUCCUCGCAGUCUACGGAGGCGAAUUGAAGCCUCGUACACCCACAGAUGCUAGGGUUUCCUCCUCUGAGGAAGGAUCCGAGGCUCUAAGCGGUAGUGUGCACACCUUGGAUCUGAAGUCGACAUUGUCGUCUUUGCAGUCCCAGGGCCCAGUAAAGAGUUUUACCACUCUGAGCCCGAGCCUCAAAUCCCAAUCCGCGACUCUCCCUGUCGACGGCGAUAUCCCUACUCCUCGAGUCGGAGCAAGCACUGUCUUCCACGGAGAUUCGCUCUAUUUAUGGGGCGGGCGUGGAGGCGUCGAUAUGGCACCACUUCCCCAGCGUUCCGCUGGCCCUUGGAAGGCGAAGGUGUUGACAGAUACGAGUGUCGAAUGGGAGAGGUUGACUGCAGUGAACGAGGAGGAUGCACCGGAACCGAGGAGCUAUCAUGUUUCUGUUGUACAUAAUGGAAAAAUAUAUAUCCACGCCGGCUGUCCUACCUCAGGCCGUCUCACCACACUCCAUUCUUUCGAUCUGCAAUCCAAGACCUGGAAACAGCUCGCAGAUGCACCAGGGCCAGGAAGAGGUGGUACUGCUCUUACGGUCUGUGCACUUCCCGGCUCUUCUGAGAGCGUUUUCUUGCGAUUUGGUGGGUUUGCUGGCUACGAGCUCCCGACAGGCAAGGACUCUGGGGAAGGGAGCAUAAACCUCUAUUCUCCCUCCUCUAACUCCUGGACCACACUCAUUCCCUCCCCUGACCCAACUCAUGGCUACCCUGGUUCCCGCUCUGUGCACGGUCUUGCGCCGAUUGUUUUCCCUCAUACAACUUCCACAUCAGACCCGACCGAGUCCGUACCGGUAGCGGUCGUCUAUCAUGGUGAACGUGACGCGAGUUCCCUGGGCCAUGCAGGAGCAGGGACAUUCUGGGAUGAUGUGUGGACGCUGUGUUACCGUUCGGCGGGUGAGGGAAGCUGGGAGUGGAAAAAGGCGGACGUGGUGAUUGUUGGAGGCGGAGAAGGGCCUGAAGCGAGAGGAUGGUUCCCUUCUGCCUCUUGGGCUGGUGAGGAAGGGAAGGGCGCUUGCGUGGUGUUGCAAGGAGGGUUGAUUAGCUCGAACGAGAGGGUCGGGGAUGCGUGGGCUUUGGAACUCGACCUUUGAGAAGAGGUAUUGAUCCAGGCUAAGUGAAUCUCAAACGGGGGAAUGCUUGUACUAUGAUUAUGAAUCUAUGUAGGUCUCAAAUAUGCAUAUCGUAAGCUAUCCGUAGAACUGAGUGCUUGUCAAACUGGUGCGG